AUGCAGCUCGACAGCGGCGAUGGCAGGCGGCCCUCGACAAACCAGCGGUUGCCCGUCAACCCUCGUCGUCAUAAAGUUGCCCCUGAGCAGCGCAAACGAGUUGCCACUGCAUGCAACAGCUGCAAUGUUCGUCGAGUCAAGUGCUCUGGCGGAACUCCCUGUGGACAGUGCUCUGCUUCCAACCGCGAAUGCGUCUAUCCCGUCCCGGUCGAGAAAGUCAACGUCCCGCGCGCCGAGCUGGAAGAGCUGCGGAGGAGGGUUGACCUCUAUGAGCGGGCGCUUCAGGAGGCGAUUCCAGACCCCUCCAGGAGACAGGAGCUCAUCAGCCACGCCUCUGCCACGCCAGAGGGCCUGUCGCCAUCUCCGAGCGCCUUCAGCCCCACCCAGUCCUUUCCUUCGGAGGGCAGCAAUCUUCACCAUGGCGUUCCCUCGGUCAAGGCUGAGCCUGAAGAUGAGCAGACACCUGGCCGCCUUCUCCAGGAUCCCGAUGGCACGGCGCGUUACCUCGGAGAGACCAGCGGUGCUACGUUCCUUGACCACCUAAAGGAGCUCCUUGGGGCUGUGCUACCCCUCACUCAAGUAGAGCCGCAGCAGCUAUCUCGGGAGCAGGAUGGCAGUGCCUUCUUGUCCAGCCUGGGAAAAUACUACACUGCCGACUCUCGUCCAUUGAUUGAGAGAGACUCCAAGCCAAUAUCUCUGCCCUCCAGUGAGGACCUUGCCACUCUACUGUCCAAGCUCAGACAUCUGAUCCAGGACGGAAAUGGCGAAUGGCCAAGCGGCGGCAUCUACUGGUUUGGAGAGCUCGACGUUCUUCCCACUCAGCCUGCCUCUUCUCCAUCCGCCUCGGAUGCGGACAUGAACGAGUUUCGCUACUUGGCAUUCUACCACGCCGCCAUGGCCAACAUUGUCCGAGCCGGCACCUCAUCAAAGGAGGUGCUCAACAGUCCGUCGACGCCCUCAAUUAGCGAAGCGUACUUUGCACGUGCGGCCGUGCUCGUGGGCAACCCCCUAGAUGUAACACGUUGCUGCACAAUUGGCGAUGUUGCCACGCUUUGUCUCAUGGCGGCAUAUCUGAUCGAGAUGGAUAGAAGAGAUGCUGCCUAUAUGCAUGUCGCGGCGGCCAUGCAUAUAUGCAUCAUGUUGGGCGUUCAUAGGGGACUCGUUGACGAAAGAGGCAAGCGGGUAUUCUGGACCGUAUAUAUCCUGGACCGGUGGUUGAGCUGUCUGAUGGGACGGCCACAUAUCGUCAUGGACGACGCCAUCCGGAUCCAGCUGCCGGCCGAUGCUCCAUCGAUGCCGCCCGCUGCGGGACUCAGAGCUCACGUCGAGCUUUCGCGGAUUUCCGGUUAUGUCGUUUGCAACACGUAUCGCGUUGCUCCGUGGGAGGCAUCCAGGGGAGGUUUGUCCAGGCAACCAGACAAGGCCAUCUGGAUGCUGCAGCAGUGGCAGUCAACCCUUCCGCCUCGUCUGCAGCUCUCUCCUGGAGGGCUGAGCAACGACCCUGCCUGCUGCCUCCUCCAUAUGAGGUACAACAUGCUUCUCAUUCUAGCCAUUCGGCCGCUGUUCCUCGGUGCCGUCAAGAGGUCGAUAGCCAAGCGUCUCGUGGUUCAGGCAGGCGAGACUAGUAGCAUGCACUCGGAGCAUCUGAAGCUGUGCAUUGCAGCUGCGCGUCGCAACAUCCGCCUCGGACGACAAUUGGCAACGCUCAACAUAAGCCGGAAGUCGCCGCUGCACGCAGAACAGCACUUUUCAUUCAAUGCCACAGUGUGCCUUAUUCUGGAGGACCUGAUAUCCGAUGAAGAAGUGUCGGACGAGGAAAGAGAAGCAAGAAACAGCGACAUCAUGUUUGGCAUCGAGCUGGAAGAGGACGGACUCGGCAACUUUGGCCAAACAUCGUCAAACUCUCUGCGGCAUCUGUGGGCUCUAGCGCAGAGGUUGAUGAACUCGAUGGCCCAGUCUCAGGAGUUGAAUAAUGCCCGGCUAGCUGAGCAGCGAUUUGCCCCGCCGAUGAUGACGACGCCCACGGACUACUCAAUGCCGCUCCUGCAAAUCGGCGAAGACCAUGCCCUUUACGACGAACUGGUGGCCUGGGUGGACGAUGAGUGGCCGCCCAUGUACAACACGGGGCUGUUUAGUGGAUUCACGCAGUGAUGGGAAGACAAGACGGGGAGACGGAGAUUGACCGAGGCAGGUUUAUCUGAUCGAGGACGGUGCAAGGCGAAAAUCAUGAUUCCAUACCCAAACUGCCCGCAACGGGCUGGUUUUUGUUUCUUUUUUUUUAUUUUCAAGGCAUUCAAUUAUAGAUACAGAGCGCAUGAGAUAGAGCGCGCAUGAAAGCAGAGGAUAAAGGAUGAAUAAAAAUGAAUAAAGC